AUGGUAGCAUUCCAUUUGGCGAGCCACUCUGUCGCUGCGAGCUGCUCAGGUGUCAUAUUCCAAUCGGCCAGGAACGGGUCGGGCCUGCGCUGGGAUGGCGAGGUCACGGAGGUGGUUGAACGUGGUGGCCUGGACAUGGUACCUGGAAAGGCGCAAACGGCCCACGGCGAGUACGGCGCCAUCAACUACUCCCUGUCGGGCCCGGAGCACGGCGAGGUGGUCGUCUGCCUGCACGGCCUCAACGGCUCCCGCCUGCUCUUCCACGAGCUCUCCGCGGCGCUGACGGCCGCCCAGUACCGGGUGCUCUGCUUCGACCUGUACGGCCACGGCCUGAGCAACGCCCCGCCCGUGGACCUCUGCCCGUGCGCGCGGCUGAGCCUCACGGAGAGGGGCGGGUACGCUUGUGAGGCCGGCCACCGCCAGGUGCAGCACCACGAAGACCACCAGGUCGCGCUCACGGCUGGCCACGACCGUCCGCGCAUGGUCGACGAUCGUUGCGAUGGCAUUGAUUGCGGCCGCCUCGAGGGCGGCAUCGUCAUGCUCGGCGUGGCCGACCUGCGCGUGCUCCUGCGCCGACGCUGCCCGCGGCACCUCCAGGCCGACCUGCACGCCAGGAGCUUCAGGAACUGA